AGUUCAUUGAACGUCAAAGCUACAGCUAGAGCUAAACUGAGUCAUGGUGUAUACAAUGGAACGGAGACUUUUGACAGUUCGAAUUUGUAUAACCUCAACUGUUAGCGAUCAAAUUGUUUGUUAAAUUUUUUUGGAAAGCAUGGCAAAUUUGAUUCUAUUCAAAUAAAUAAAUAACGAUGGCAAAGUCAUUUUCAGAUGGCCGUCGUUCGAACGUUGUAAAUAUACUUUCCAGUUUGAAGGUGUACUCUCUACAAUAUUUCCCACACAAUCUUCAUCCAAACAAUACCCUUUUUCUCAACGGUAAAGAUGAACAUGCGGCUGACGAAACAAUCAAUCCAUCGCUUGGUGUUCAAGCAACUUACCCUCUUAAAUUAGACUUAGCAACUGACAUCAACUUAACGGUUGAGAACAAUAUUGUUCUGAAAUUGGUGUAUCAGAAGAAUGAUUACAUUAACGAUGUUGCCAAACUCACCGGAAAUUACAAGAGAUCGAAGGGAGGUGCAACGAAGAGGAACAAAGGCAAUAUAUACUCAAUGCAUCUAAAUAAUUUGAUGGAAAUAACUGCAAAAGAUCCAGAUCCAUACUUUUUUGGCUCAUACAACUGGUAUUAUACGGGUGGCACACUGGAGACGGCAUCGAUAUUCGACAUCGAUUUCUUAUUUUAUGUUUCCGGAGAAAAGCUAAAUAUUUUCAAUUCAGCCAAGUUGGUUCCAACCAAAGAUCAACUACAGUUGGAACAUUUGGAUAGUACAAACAAUAAAAUCUGUGAUACAAUAUUUGAGAUAACAAAAUCAAAUGAUAGUUGCUAUGUUGCUGCACGUCAAAAGAAACGUUUCACUCUGUUUUAUUUACAAGAUGAGUUGACGCAACAAGAGUUUCAAUGUGAACGAAAUAUACCAUUUAUGAGCGGCACAUUUACCGACAAAUAUUUCUUUACGAUCAACGCAAAUAGAAUUAUUCAGCAACAUGAUUUGGGCGAGAGGAGAGAAUGUGGUCGGAUGCACUUGAAAUUACCGAAGAACAAUAGCUUUUGGUGCCAACUAAAGAGUUACGACAAUCAACUUCUCUUUGCCGAUGAGAAUAAAGUGAAAAUCUAUGACAGUCGUUUGUUUGCUAAAAAGGCGUCCAAAUGCAUGGAAAUCUCAGUAGAUAGUAUUACGGAAAAAUGUGAGGAAAUCACAUGUAUUGAAACCGAUGCGAGUGAACAUAAUGUUUACGUGUCUACAACGCACCAUUUAUUCGUGUUCGAUGUGCGGUAUGGGAUGGAGAGUGGCAAUCAAUUGACACGGUACACACAUCAGAUGAAAACACCACCAAUGAUGAUUGAAUGCGCGGGUGGUGGAGCAACUGGGACUGCACCUAAUGAGCGCUUAAUAGCUCUAUCCGGCACAUUUACCGACGACAUUGCAAUUGCACAACAUAUUAAAUCUCAGAAUGACAAACUUCGGAACAAUAAUAUUCCACAAAAAAUUGUUUCCCUAUCCGAUGCAUUGUACAAAAAAUUACGAGAGAAUGGACUUCGAUCGGAGGCCGAAAAUUUAUUUAAUGUUAACCGCUCGAUUAAUAUCGGUACUCGUUUCAUAAGAAUUAAUUCAAAUUUGUUUUUACUCAGUGAGAAAUCAUCAGGUGAAAUUUUUUACCAGCAAAUUACACCCGACGAAGGUGAUGAAACGCAAGAGAUUGACGACAAGCUAUUUUGUAAUUUAGACCUGGACACUCGGAAUGAAAACCAUUCGACAGUUACCAGUGUGACUAAUUUCGAUAGCAUCAAACGUAUUUUAAACUUUAAUUUACCAGACGAAACGGAAGUGCCCGACAUGGAAAACCCAAAAGUGAAAAGAUGGCAAUUAUCGAUGGAACAACUCGCAUCCUACAAAGAUAUGUUGUCAGCUGAUUUACUGAAUGUUUGGAAUGAACAGCAAUUAUCUACAGGAGUGCGUAAAACUGACAAAACUGAGUUUGUUAACUGUUGGAUUGAUAGAACAUCCACAGUCACUCAAUGCGAAGAUGAUGUCGACGCGCCAAAAAAUAGUUUUUCCAUGUUUUAACAGAAAUAAUUAAAAAAAAAAACACAUAAAAAAUGAA